AUGACUGUCACAACAACCCUCUCCCUUGCUGGUUCUUCAGCUCCUUCCUCUCCAGCAGUACAGGCGAAGAAUGAGCCUCAACGCCAUUUCAGAGGCGUGAGGAAGAGGCCGUGGGGUCGUUUUGCUGCUGAGAUUCGUGAUCCAUGGAAGAAGACGCGGAGUUGGCUUGGCACUUUUGACACAGCGGAGGAGGCGGCACUUGCUUACGACGAGGCAGCUCGAUCUCUCCGUGGGCCAAAGGCAAGGACAAACUUCUUCCACAACGAUCAUUUUGCUCCCGUGCCAUUUUCGCAAACUGCGGUUGUUGGUGCAGGUGUUUUUGAGAAAUGUUGCUCGCCGGUUUGUCUUGCUGGUGAGGUGGCGAGAAUGACGAUGCCAGCGGCAUCUCCGGUUAGGUCAGAGUAUACGGGGUACAACAUGGAGACUGUGAAUGAAAACGUGGGUUUGGUUUUAAAUGAAGAGAAGAAGUUGCGUGGAGGGAAAAAACCUUUUUUGUUUGAUUUGAACUUGCCGGCACCGCUCUUUUGA